ACCCGAUUCGAAUCGCCCCCAAAAGCGGUAAGAUUUGUUGUUACCGGUGUUGUAGAAAUGAUUUCGACAUUUGAUUUUCCUGCUUCUGUUUUCUUCCACCCAGCUUCCAACGCCGCCGGUCCUGAAGCCUAGUACACAAAUCUACUAACGGGAAGGUCAUCCUCUGUUCGUUGGACCGGUGGUAACCAACUACCACGUGUCGGCCCAUGAUUGUCGUGCCGCCACGUUUGUCAAAGGGCGCUCCUUCGUACGGAGAAGAAAAAAAGUUUUGAUUUUCCAUAUAAAUAUUUGGCUCACCGGGCAGAACAUUGUCAUUGCUUCAGUUAACUUUAAUUCGACUAAAUCGGUUCGUCGCACGCAUCGACAGUGCAAGUUCGCAGCAACAUAAUGGCGUUUAAGAUGGUUGUACUCUUCGCCGCCCUGGCCUGUGCCAGAGCAGCCUUCCUUGAAGCUGAUCACCACCACACGGCUCACUACUCGCCGGCCUCAGCCGUCAGCUACAGCUCGUUCACCCGCAGCGAACCAGCCAAGCUGACCAAAACUCUGGCCUACGCUGAACCUGAGGUCCACUACGUUGCUCCAGUGACCAAGACCGUGGCGUAUGCUGAACCCGCUGUCCACUAUGCUGCUCCGGUCGCCAAAACCCUGACCUACGCCCAACCUGCCGUCCACUACGCUCAACCCGAGGUUCACUAUGCCCAACCAGCUGUCCACUAUGCCGCCCCGGUAGCUAAGACUCUGACGACGUAUGCCGAGCCUGCUGUCCACUAUGCUGCCCCAGUUGCCAAGACCCUGGCCUACGCUCAGCCUGCUGUCACCUAUGCCGCCCCAGUUGCCAAGACUCUGACCACCUACGCCCAGCCAGCUGUGCACUACUCGGCUCCAGCCACGACCCACUCUGUAGCCGUAGCCCACCCCUCGGUACAAUACGUCCACGAACCAACUUACGCUAAAACCGUAGUCGCACAGCCAACCACGUACGCCAAGUCUUUCGUGCACCACUCAACUCCAGUCACCUACGCCGCUCCAGUUACCAAAACCCUCGUAGCUCAACCGGUUCUGGCCAAGACCGUCGUGUCCGAACCUGUGUACACCAAGACCCUGGUUCAGCAGCCAACCUACGUGAAGACCCUUGCCGCUCAGCCAGUGUACGCUCAUGCCGCGCCCGUCUACGCUCACGCUGCCCCGGUCGUUGCCGCCAAAACGCUGACCUAUGCCGCUCCGGAAGCCCAAGUUUCACACGUGAGCUUCCAGGAUGCCAGCUCUCACUACGCUUGGUAAACAGCCAGCCAGCCGGUUGUGAGACGACAGCUUUCCCACGAAAAAUACUCAGGAAGACAGAGGAAACCGAAGUCAUCGAUGGUGCAACCGACCCGCCGAAUAUGUUGAACCAUUUUGUUGAAUAUAUCUAUAAU